UGCGGCGGCUGCGCGGUGUGAGCGGGGCGGUGUGAUGGUGGCGGCUCCACCUGCUGGGCACGGAGCGGCGGGUGCGGAGCGGGGCCGGGCCGCGGUGUGACGGCGUCAAGGUGUCACGGAGACCACGAUGGCCCCCGUGCGCUUUAGGAGCCCGCUGCUGUUGUGCCUGCUGGCCGCAUGGCUCGGCCCUGUCCCGGCCGAGGAGCCCGCGGCGGACAGCACGCCGACACACGGCCGCCUCGAUAAGAACAUGGUGCAGGACAAAGACCACAUCAUGGAACACUUGGAAGGAGUUAUUGAAAAACCAGAGUCUGAGAUGUCUCCACAAGAGCUGCAGCUUCAUUACUUCAAAAUGCAUGAUUACGAUGGCAAUAAUUUGCUAGAUGGGUUAGAGCUCGCUACUGCCAUAUCACAUGUCCACAAAGAGGAAGGUGGUGAGAAUACCCAGGCAAUGAAAGAAGAGGAGCUAAUUAGUCUAAUAGACGACGUUUUAAGAGAUGAUGAUAAGAACAAUGAUGGAUACAUUGACUAUGCAGAAUUUGCAAAAUCACUGGAAUAAGGUUCUGAAGGGGGCUUGUUUCUCUGUCUGAAUGGAAAUGUGACCCAGUAUAAUGUGAUUUAUUAAUCAUGUCAACCUUUGUGCUGAGGUAUUUGUGAGCUGAGGUGUACCGGUCCCAGAUGAAUUUGCUUGCAAAAUGUCUGCAAAGAGCCUGGCUAUCUCAGAGUGAUGCCCAUGUUUGACUAAAUGUAGGUACGUAUUUGAAUCUUGAAUCAUGGAAGCAUCAAAAUAAUUCCAUAGGAUACAGCUGGCAAACUCUUAAGCUAUAAACUAUAUGUGAGUACUUAACACAAUCAGAUGCAAUCUAAAUUACUUCUUUUUUUCUUUUUUUUUGAGUUAUAUAACAAUUGUUUGCUUACAUCUUCUAUCUUAUCUUAUCACAUACCUAGAAAGAAAGAAAAGGUGGUGACUGCAUAAAGUUGUAUAUCAAGAAGAAAUUUCCUUCUCACUAAUUUUGAAGGAAAUUUCCAUACAGGUGUGGUGCUUGAAACACCAAUUGUAGCAGAAAAGUGUUUGAAAGUGGUUUGUAUCUGAGGUCACUGUAAUACCCUGUAAUACCAUAUGGACUUUAAUGCAACCUUCAAAGAAACUGAGUCUUUUAAAAUAUAUGUACUUUCUAGCCUACCCUUAAGCAUUAUAUAUAAAUAUACAUUAUUUUAAAUUUCUUCUCAUCCUUCACAAAUUUACUGUUUAUUUUUACCUUCUUCUCUUACCUUCCAUGGUCUUUUCCUAAGAAAAUGAAAGUAUUUUUAAUUCAUAUACAACGUUGUAUUAAUGCUGCAUACCAUUUACUAGAAUACCUUCUGCUGUCUCAUUCUGAAGGUCACGUUAACUGUAAGCCGGUUCAAUACACUGAACUUUCUUUUCAAUUUGGUUCUUAAAGUAUUAGCCAGCAGGAUCAUCUGUGAGCAAGUAAUGCUGCCUUGUUGAGGUUUAAUAUUUCUUGAUGCAUAAGUUACAGUGUUACUUUCAGGAGGUAUUUAAUCACUGUUUCAAGAUACUUGAAUGUUUGUAAACAGACAUGGUUCUAGGAAUGUUUUCACCGUCCUCAAUACUUGCUAGGUCAAGCAGUGUAAGGAUAUUAGACAAUGAUGUACUGCUGCUUCAUUGACAUUUGGUAACCAUAAAGCAUAGCUGAAAUCAUACAUUGCAUUCAAACACUGUCCAUGAAUAGAGCAUCUAAAUGUUGGCGUUCCUGUAAAAUGCAUAAAGAGCUAUUUUCUGUACAAAAUUAUUCUUAUACGAGAGAAACACAUUUGUAAAGGAAAUUACUCCAUUUGUUUAAAUGUUUGCGCAAUGGAUCCUGUGUUGGACUUUUUAUUGGAUUUGUUUUUGUAAUAACUACUUUGUGACCAGGGUCGUGCUGGUUGUACAAGCAAUAAAACAAAGUUGGGAUUGUA